AUGUGCCACUCGUUUGCAGCUUUGGAUAUCAACCAAUGCCCCGAAGAGCAGAUCUUAGAUUGUCAGUCAGAUGGUGAAGAUGAGGUGGGUGAUGAGAAUCAUGAUGUAGAAGAAAUGCUGAUUAAUGAAGAUCUACAUUCAGAAGAUGAAGCUGCAGAGAGUGAUGAUUCAAUUUGGGAAGAUGGUCCGAGAGUCCUAAGAGUUAAAACUGUACAUAUAAGCUCUCCAAUAUUAGCAGCAAAAAGUCCAUUUUUCUACAAGUUAUUCUCCAAUGGUAUGAUGGAAUCAGAACAGAGACAUGUAACCCUGAGGAUUAAUGCCUCCGAGGAAACUGCUCUGAUGGAGCUCCUGAAUUUUAUGUACAGCAGUACCUUAAAUUCUGACACAGCCCCUUCUUUGUUGGAUGUUCUAAUGGCUGCCGACAAGUUUGAGGUGGCUUCGUGCAUGAGAUAUUGUAGUCAUCUGCUGAGAAAACUUCCUAUGACUCCAGAGUCAGCAUUAUUGUAUCUCGAUCUUCCUUCCAGUGUUCUAAUGGCUGAAGCUGUUCAACCGCUUACAGAUGCAGCAAAACAGUUCUUGGCAUCUCGCUAUACAGAUGUUUCAAAGUACCAAGACGAGGUCAUGAACCUACCACUCGCCGGAAUCGAAGCCGUCCUAUCGAGCGACGACCUUCAAGUACAGUCGGAGGACGCAGUUUACGACAUCGCCCUCAAGUGGUCCCGAACACACUACCCGAAGCCGGACGAGCGCCGUGAAAUCCUCUGCACGCGCCUUGGCCGCUACAUCCGAUUCCCCUACAUGACCUCCCGCAAGCUGCGGAAAGUCCUCACCUGUCUCGACUUUGACCGCGAAUUUACCACCAAAUCCGUGCUCGACGCCCUUUUCUUCAAAGCAGAGGCUCCACAUCGCCAGCGGGCCCAAGCUUCCGAGGAAUCAUCCUGUACGGCCCGUAGAUUUAUCGAGCGGGCUUACAGGUACCGGCCCGUUAAAAUGGUCGAGUUCGACUCCCCCCGCCAGCAGUGCGUGGUCUACUUGGACCUCAAGAAGGAUGAGUGUGGGGCCCUUUACCCUUCUGGUCGGGUUUACUCGCAGGCCUUCCAUUUGGGUGGGCAAGGGUUCUUUCUUUCGGCCCACUGCAACAUGGACCAGCAGAGCUCGUUUAACUGUUUCGGGCUUUUUCUGGGAAUGCAGGAGAAGGGCUCGGUUAUGUUUGCUGUCGACUAUGAGUUUGCCGCCAGGUCGAAGCCGCUGGAGGAUUACAUCAGCAAGUACAAGGGCAAUUAUGUCUUUACGGGUGGGAAGGCAGUUGGGUACCGGAAUUUGUUCAGCAUCCCAUGGGAAUCUUUUAUGGCCGAUGACAGUCCUUAUUUUAUCAAUGGCGUCAUUCAUCUUCGGGCGGAACUAACUGUUAAACGUGAGGCAGUGGCUUAG